AAACGGCAAUGUGCACUGCGCGCGAAGUCACCGAAGUGCUGUCCUGUCAGUCACGUGUACCUUUGAAAAUUUGUGCCAAUAAACAAUUUGAAUGCAUGAUGUGUAAUCAAACUUCAUCAUUACUUUUGAAACAGGAUUCCAUUGAGAAGAUUUAGAAGAGCUUGAGUCCAGUGCAGCACUUUGAUAUGGCUCCAGACCUGUUACAUAUUCGUAUAAAAGACCACCAAACUUCUCUGCAUUCGUCUUUUUUGCAUCUCUUCUCCAGCCAGGACAGCAAGAUAAACUAUGAUGAUGCCACGAUUGCGUGUGGUGGCAAGCUGUACCCUGUGCACCGGCUCGUAUUGUCAGUGUGCAGCGACUACUUUGCUGCCAUGUUUGCUGCCACCAGCGCUGUUGGUCGUCACCCCAUCAUUGUUCUGAAAGAUAUUCCAUCAGAUAUAUUUGAAGUUUUGCUAAAAUUUAUAUACAUUGGUGAAGUAAAUAUUGAGAGGUCAAAAUUUAGUGCUCUUGUGGAUGCUGCUCGUUGCCUCAAGGUACGCAGUUUGGCAUCUUAUAAAUAUGAUGCCAAUUCUGAGAAUCCAGACAAGAGUCAUGAUGUUUCUCCCAAACCUGCUGAGAAAAGGAAAGUUGUUUCAGAAGAAGCUUCUGCUGAUGAACAAAAAUCACCCAAGGUUACUUGUCAGAGGUCUCGACAGCUGACAGGAGCAAAUGACAAGCAACUUGUAAAGCAGGAAGACUCGACUGAGCCGCAGCAACCUCCAUCACAGGUUUCAUCUAUGAAAAUUAAUGCGUCCUUGAAGUUGUGUUCAGUAAGACUCUCCCCCGUAGAGUUAUACACUCCAAACGAGGAAGAAAACGACAAAAAAUGCCCCAAUAAAAGUAUGCCCAGCAAGAAGUAUGGCUGUAAGUUAUGUGACUUUAAAACCCGUUUCAGGGGCGCAAUGACGUUGCACCUUCGAAAGCACGUGAGACUAGAACAAAAAAAGUAUGAGAACAAACUAUACACCAAGAAGCAAACUAAAAGAUGCAUGAGCCUGAGAACUGCUGCACUGAAUAAAUAUUAUGGCCGGUCUUUGUCGAAGAAGACUGAUAUAAAAAUGACUGAAAUUGCUAUAGAUGAAGCAAAGAUAAAGAAUGAAUGGGAAAUUGCAGGUCCUUCGAUUUGCAAGAAUGAUAAACCAGAUUCGGACCAACAUUCAGGCUUUCAUUUACCAGUUCAAAAAGAAAUCACUUUUUCUUGCACUUAUGACAAUAAAAAAUCCGCUCGGAAGUUCUCGGUUGCAUCGCCAGUGCCCAAAGCUUUUCAAAAUGAUCCCCUGCAAUGCUCUUUGUGUUUUCUGCACUUUGGUACCAAGUCAAAGCUGCUUUCUCACAAUCUGACUCACAAGCAAGUUAACGGAUUUUACCGCUGUUGUUACUGCGACUUUUCUUCUCGCGAUCUUUCCAGCCUUGAGAUUCAUCACCGUGUUCACAUGGACGAGAAGUCAUUCAAGUGCUUUUUUUGCGCCUUCUCGUCCCGUAGUCCAUAUGGUCUCAGGUCACACUAUGAGAAGGAGAGUCACCCAUUUCAAACCUUGGCAAACUGUCCAAAGUGUCCGUAUGCCUCUAAGGAGUCCAGCGAACUGGAAGAACACGUGAUGUAUUCACAUCCUGAGGGCAACGCACCUUAUAAGUGUCCUAUAUGUUCCUUCUUAGCCUCCGACAGAAGCCAGUACAUUGAACACAUGCGUUCCCAUCCUCCUCAGACCAAAUCGUGGUUUUGUGUCAGUUGUUACUAUUGCACCUAUGAUCUGAAAGCCUUCAACUUUCAUGUGAAGACGAGACAUAAGAAGAAGAAGAAUAUUUCAGUUGGACAGCCAGCACCGAAAAAAUCUGCUUUGAAAAGAGAAAAGAAAACUCGCACAGAAGAGACAGAUUUGGGCAAGAUUGGGGCAAACCAUGGCAAGUCACUGAAUGAAAUGAACGAGUCAGAAUCGGAAAUGUUUUCCUCUCCUGCCGCUUCAUUUGCUAAGCCAAAACCGGUGCGCUCUACUUCACCAUCCAACGAGCGCGUUAUAAAGCUCGGUAAGAAGAGAUACAAGUGUCCGUUGUGUUCGUUCACGGCACUUAAAAGGGCGCAUGUACAAAAACACCUACGACGCCACACGGGAGAGCAACCAUAUGCUUGCACGGAAUGUCUCUAUCGUUCAUCGCGAUAUAAUUCCCUGGUGUCUCAUAUGAAACAGCACCGUCGCAAUCUUCCGUUCAAGUGCACACAUUGCUCUUUUACUACAGCGUAUCAAUCGCUUCUUCGUAAUCACGAAGUUAGGGAUCAUGCCAUUGAUGAUCUCGACGAUAUUUCAGCUACGUACGAUAUUGCUAUUGAAUCUCACUGUCCUCAUUGCCCCUUAAGUUGCAACGACAGAGAAUCUCUGCUGAGCCACAUCGCCCAAGAACAUCCUGAAUCCACUUCAGUCAAUAUUCCUUCAACGUCGUCUACUCUCUUUUCAGACUGCCCUGCUGUUCCAGCGGAAAUGUCGGAUGCCUCUCUUAAUCCUAUCUCUUUCGGCGGAGCAAAUAUUAACAGUAAAGUAAGGAGUGACAACGACAGCUGUAUAUCCUUCGUACCCGAAACAUCGCCCGUUAAUGACCCUGAUUCAGCUGGUAAUCCCUCCGUUGACAUGAAUGACUCCCAUCCAUUCUCCAAUGUCCAGUUGAAAGUUAUCAAACCUUCGCUUAUGGAUAUGGUUGACGUUAUAGAUGAUCCUACUUACGAGAAAAGAGUAUCUGUCGAGACUUAUUUGUCUGUGGACAAUCCUGAAAAUCCUUUCAUAAUGAAAACGGCGGAUCGUAAGUAUCGUUGCAAUGACUGCUUCUUUUUGACUUCCGAUCCCGAGGUUAUGAAACAGCACCUAUCAGAGUAUUUAGCAUCUAAACCAUAUGAAUGUGAUCGCUGUGAUUUUCGUUUUAAGUUCGCCGUAAUCGCUAAUAAUCAUAAAAUGAAGAGGAAGGAUUCAAAGAAAUUGUACGAAUGCCCAAUAUGUAAGGUGAAAAUGUGUUUUGUCACAAAGCAUUUGUAUGAGUGUUAUCAUCAAGCUUGUGCAGAAAAUGAACCGGGAAGGUCGCAUCGCGGUAGACCGCUUAAACUCAAACGUAGACAGCUUCAACUGUCGGCCUUUGAGUUUAGCUCUUCGACCUCAAACAGAAAGGAAGCUGGUGAAAAUAUCAACUUGCUUCCAUCAUCUGCUCUUAUCAAGGAGAGAGACCCAAAUAAUGUGGCAGAGGUUAACAAGCAAUCAGAAAUUAAGAUCGACAACGAAGCUAUGGACGAUAAACAUAUAGGAAGCGAUGUAGAAAAUGCAAUGCUCGGGAAUAGCUCACGUCAUGAAGUUUCCGAAGGCUGCAGUGGGCAUGACUCUAGAAUGUCCGAUGAACAAAAUAAUUUUUCUGAUUGUGAACAAUUGAAGGAACUACUUAACUCCAAAGCUGCUGAAAUUGAAAGAAUCGGUAUUGUUCGAAAUGACCAUCAGUUGAAGUCGGCACUUGAGGAAACUAGUGAGAAGAUGAAGAAAUGUAAAAUUUUGAUGCACCAAAUAAAUUCUUCUGAUUGCUCAUCUAAAAAUUCGGAUCGAAGCUCAAGAAGCAAAGCUAAUGCUAAUGCAGAAGUUCUUGGCGGAGCUGCCAACCUUCAAGGAAGUGUUGGCAGUGAAACUAACUGUGAUUUCCAAACCCCAACUGAAGCAUUUGAUGAGAAUGAAGUGAGUGAGAUUGACAAUCAGAACUCGCACGACAUUAACGCCGUUGAAAUCGAGUGCCUGCAGAACACUACUGACCUUCACGAGCAACAAGUAUUUGAGACGAAUGGACUUAAAUCUUUAGUUAGAGAAACUUCUGAAGACGAUGAGGCCAUGGACAUUUCGUUGAUUGAUAUCGAUGCUUUUCAUCCUGCCAUAAAAGAGAACUUUUCUGGCGUCGAUGCACUGCGAAUGGUCGAAGAUUGCGCUCGUGAUCCUCUGGAUAUCUCAGAUUUGCCUUCUUGCAGUAACUCGUCUCUGGCUUAAUAUGUACUUGUACACAAAUGACUUUUGUGGUCCCUGGCUUUUUCUGGUGCCUCUAUCUCUGAAUUCUUAUCACAGAGAAAGUAACUGCUUUUUAACGUUUUUUCUCAUGGAAAAAAGGCGGUAUUGUGCAUGUCAUGUCCGUCCGUCUGUCUGUCUGUGACUUGACGUUGCCGAGUAUCC